CAUCGCAAAUAUCAAAAUCGACAAGCUACAACAUUGUUUCUCAAGUUCUUCAUAUUAGUACACAAGAAAAAAUGAAGUUGAACAAGAAUUUGAUCAGAAGGCUAAGCCUUGUAUGGCUCAUCAUGGCGAUAUCAGCCGCUUCAGCACAGAAUUCCGCUGUGCUGGACAGUUCUGGACAGCCCCUCCGACGCGGCGUGGAGUACAUAAUAAAGCCCGCGAUCACUGACAACGGCGGACCUUUCACCUUGAUCGACCGGAACGGCUCGUGUCCUUUCUACGUUGGGCAACGGAACGUCACGGCAGACGGGAUUCCCGUCACGUUUGCGCCUUUCGACGACGGAGAGAACGUGGUGAGAGAGCUAAGCAGCUUCAAGGUGGCGUUCUCCGGCGCCACAACCUGCGAGCAGUCGACAACGUGGAAGGUCGACCACAGCGGGAAGGUCGACGGACGGCGACUUAUCGCCACGGGAGACGACCUGAGAUACUCCAAUUAUUUUCUCAUCAAUAAGUCUGGAGAGUUGGAUGGUGUCUACAUAAUAGAUUGGUGUCCGGCUGAUGUCUGUCCCAUUUGUAAGUUCAUAUGUGGGUCUCUUGGUUCUUUGUUUGAGAACGGCCAGUUGUUGGCGGCUUUGGAUGGCUCUGCUUUGCCACUUGUGUUUGAUAGAGUAGUUUAAGUUAGGGUUAGUGUGUCUAUAUAUAAAUAUAUAUAUAUAUAUAUAUAUAGCAGUGGUUUUGUGACUAUAAUAAGUAAUAAAUGGAUCUUAUAUAGAUGAGAUGCAAUGCCUUAUUUCAGAAAUAAAAUAUAAUUCAAGCACAACCAGUCUGGUUUCAUAAGAGGUUUCUAUAACUUACAAGUGUUUAUUUUGUCAUUAAGAGAAAUGCGUACUGCUGUCUUGCUAUACCUACAGCGUCUUGAAUUAAUAAUCAUAGACAUUGAAAUAUUAUUACACUUUGUGGAUUGAAUAUUGUU